UUACUCAUUUUCAACAAAACGCUUGCUCCCGCCAAAAAUAUUGCUGUUUUGUUGUCUACCCAUUAAAAAACAAGAUAAAGCUAUGGCUCACGAAUUUCAAAAACUAAGAGUGAAUGCAUCGAUGUUGCCAAGUUUUCAGGGCAAAGAAGUCGCAGUUCUCGGAAUGGCUAAAGAUGUGGACAGCAAUGGAACAUCUUUUACUCUAACAACAUGUGAUGGAAGUGAUAUCAGAAUAUUAAUGCAAGAACCUCUGAGUGAGUAUGUGUCAGGAUUGACUGAGGUACAGGGACAGGUGGAUGGUAGAAACAACAUCCAGUGCAGUAAAUACAUCACAUUUCCUGAUGAGGUCUCAGAUAAAUUUAAUAUGGAAAACUACAAUGCAGCUGUAGAAUUAAUGGCAAGAUGUCCUCAGUUUUAUGAGCAAGGCAUACAGCCACAACAAUCCUAGUUUACAUUCUCCUAAACAUCACAGAUUAAUUAUAUCAAGGAUCUUUAGAACUUGAACAUUCAAUAUUGAUUGAUGUGUAAAAACAUGUAAAUGUGCGUUGUUAUUGACAAAUGUAACUUCUAUCAUAAUCACAGGAACUAUAUUCCAGCACCUAUCUUUCUGUGGAAAUUGCACCACAAUGCAGUACAUGUAUAAAGAACUUGCAGUAGAACUUGGAUUAAAAUACAUUUAUGUUUUCUUAAAAAAUAAUCUGUAAGAUAUUAUAUACAUUUGUCAUCAGUGUUUUAGGUUGUAGUGUUCCUGCAGUCAAAUGGUGCAUGUGGCAUUAUGUGGGCAAAUAUGAUUAAAAAAAAAGCAUUUGUCUCUUUAAUAACAGCUUGGCUAGCAAUAUACCUAGAUUUUCGAGACACAAGUGUUAUUUGUUUAUGAGAUCUGUUUUUAAGCCGCAAUGAAAUUAAGUCACGCAGACGACAUCAGUGACAUUUAAAAUCAAUGCUAUUUAUGGAGUGAAAAUGCUGCUAAUGCCUUGUUCUUACUCCUGAUAAAUCUUUGGUCCAGAUAUUAUUGUAACAAAUGUUAAAAUUAGAUCAAUAAAAAUUUACAAGUGUGUUUUAUAUCGAGCCAGUUUUGAAGGAAAUAAUCACAGCUAUAUAGAAUUGUAAUGUAUUUUUCAUUUGUUCAUUAAAAUGGCCUUGCCUGGCAUCAUCUAUUUUAAAUAUUGAUGUCAGUAUUAAAUAGGUUAGCCAGCUGUAUGGUCAUAUUUCUCAGAUUCUGCCCUAGCGUGUACAAGGUUAUAAAGGCAUAUUAUUAUUGCUGUUAUGGUUAAGAGUUAUUGAAAUUAACAUUUUGCAUAGUAUUACUAGGAAGAUUGUCGUCUGCUAAAAAUGUCGUCUGCAUAAUUUUUUUAAUUUUAUCCAUUUUUUUUUAAUUUAAAAAAGAAAUUGGCACAGUCAAAUUGAUUGCUACUGGACAUGAUGGGGUGUUACUGUGAGUUACUGUAUGUCUGUUUGGCAAAGGUUAUUAUGAUUGUGUUCAGUCAGACAAGGGUUGAUAAUAUUUUGCUCUUAACCACGAUUUUAAGAAAAUUUUGAUAUGAAUGGUAAUCUUCAGAAUAUCACUGAAUCAAAGAUUUAAUACAAAAUGUUUUCUCUAUUUAUUGAAAUAAACUUCCUCUAUAUAAGAAUA